AUGCAGUCAACAUUUGAAAAGUUAUCGGAUGAAAUUUUGAUGAUCAUUUUCAGUUAUUUGGAUAAUAUCUAUUCAAUAUUUCGAACAUUUCUCGGUUUGAACCAACGUAUAAACAAUAUUCUUCUCGACAAACGAUUACAUUUAUUAAUAAAUUUUUUAUGCAUAAAUGUUGAUCCUGAAAUAAUAUAUUCUUAUUAUAAUUCAUUAGAAGUUCAACAAGUCACACAAACACUCAUGUUGCUAAAUGGAACUACGAAUAAUAAUGAAAUUGUUCAAUGUCUAGAAUCAUUAGUCUGUUUUCAUAUAAAGAAUCAAUAUACUCGAUUAGAUAAAGAAUUUCAACUAAAUCGAGAUAAUUUUCAAUCCAUACGUAAACAAUUAAGUAAUAGUGAAAUUCAAAAUGUUGACAACGAAUUAAAGAUAGCAUUUAAUAAAUUAGAACACACAUCAAAUACCAUUCAACAAAUACAUACACUUCUUUACAUACGUGGUGCACAUCUCGAAUGUAAUGAAGAUCAAAUGCGUUCAUUUGAUUUGGUCAGAGCUAUUAAUUGUCAAAUGCUUAUCUACUAUAAAUCUACUUUAUAUCAUUCUCGAAAAAAAUUCUAUCAUCUUAUAUCUAUAUUCAAAGGAUUUAUUAUUUCAAAUCCGAAUCUUUUGAAAAUUUUCUAUUAUCUCGGUUAUGGUUUCAAUGUUGUUCAUUGUUUACUUUUCACUAUUUUUCAAAGACGUUUUAUCUACAGUAAUCAACUGUGUACGACCAAUUUGUAUUAUUAUCAAUCGCUUGUUGAGCUGGUUUUAUUAUCAAUACGAACUAUUGUAAAUGAUGGAUCAUGGUCGGAAAGUUAUUUUUUCGAAAUAUUAAAUAUAAUUAAAUUGAAUAAAGAGUCAAUGAAUAGCACUAGUGAUAUAAUUUUUCGAACAACAGAAAUAGAACUAUUAAAAAUUUUACUUGAUCAAUCUAAUGUGCACAUGGCUAUUCCAUGGAAUGAAAAUACAAAUGAUUCAUUUACACGAGCUCUAAAUCAUUUAAUAAAAAAUGAUUGUAUGAAUAUUGUUCGAAUGAUGUAUCGACAUAAUCAAUUUUUACGAUAUUUUCUCCAAGAGACAGAUUAUAUUGAGAAAAAUAUUAAUAUUAUGCUUGGACAUUAUAAGAGAAAACAACUACUGAAUCAAUUGCUUGAUGAAAAACCGUUGAAUGUAUGUUUUACAAGGAGAGAAUUUCUAUUUCAAUUAUUGAAUAAAAAACAAUUUCAAAUAUUGAAAAAAAUUAUCAGAUUGUCGAUAACAGUUUUAAAUGAAUUGGAUGAAGAUGGAAAUGAUUUCUUGUUAUAUUUAUGUUUAAAAGUUCUUGGUUGUCGACAUCGUUUUAUCCAAUAUCUAAUCAAAAUCGGUUGUAAUAUACAACGAAAAAAUUCUUUUGAUCAAUCGUUUUUUGAUGUCAUAGAAUUGGAACAAAAUCGAAAACUACGGACAAAAUUAUUCGAAUGUGAAGUCAUUUCCAUUGAUAAAUUAACUGGAAAAAUAAAUAUUUCAUAA